AAAACAACUAAACGUGAUCUUCAAGUGUUAUCCCUCAAGUUGCAUAUCUCCUGGAAAAAGAAUAUAUGCCAGACUGGUGAUUUUGCCUCAUUUAAAAGUUGUACGCAGAUAGUACUCAAUUUAGCCGCGUUUAUUACUAACGCUUUGAAAGCAAACCCGCUCCGUGAAACAGAGCCAACGGUCACUCUCCGUUACCCGCCAGAAGUCUACAAAAAAGCCCCUUGAUUUGAUUUCUAACGGCAAUUUCCCCAACUACUGACUCUUGAAACCAACCCGAAAUGCCUGCAGCAGUAACACUACUAUCACACAAUUACUUCCACAAUUCCCCGGCACCCAUAAUUGUUUCACAAAACCAAUUCGAUGCCCCGGAAACAAACCGAAACCCUUACGCUGUAACCAAGCCAAGAUUCUCAAAACCAACUCAACUCCGUAGAACCCAAUCCAGAACUUCACAAACCUUAAUUGAACCGAAGAAUUUAAAACUCACGCGUGCUCUUCCCGCGUUUAUUGAUUCUGGGUCGAUGGAAAAUGCACUCUCCUUGUUUGAAGAAAUGAACCACUGGGACUCCUACACGUGGAAUAUCAUCAUCAAGGAUUUAGUCGAUAAUGGGUUGUUCAAGCAGGCGAUUAAUUUUUUCCAUAGGAUGGAAUUUGAAGGAGCUAGACCGGAUAAAUUUACGUACCCAUUUGUGAUAAAGGCCUGUGCUGGGGUUUUGUCUUUGAAAGGAGGGGAAAAAGUUCAUGCAAAAUUGGUUAAGGUUGGAUUAGAUUUAGAUGUUUAUAAUUGCAACUCUCUUAUUUCAAUGUAUAUGAAAGUUGGGUGCGUUGAAUUGGGACAGAAUGUUUUUAGGGAGAUGGCUGUGAGAGAUUUGGUUUCUUGGAAUUCUCUGCUUUCCGGCUACCAACAAGUUGGUGAUGGCUUGAAUUCAUUGGUUUCGUUAAGAGAAAUGGUUUUGGUAGGAAUAAGACCCGACAGGUUCAGUUUUAUUAGUGGUCUCGGGGCUUGUUCUAUAGAGGGCUGUAGAAGAAGUGGGAAAGAGAUUCAUUGUCAGGUAAUUAGAGGUGGAUUUGAAAUGGAUCUUAUGGUUGAAACGUCGCUGAUUGAUAUGUAUGGCAAGUGUGGUAGCGUGGAUUAUGCAGAGAGGGAAUUCAACAGGAUAGUUCACAAAAACAUUGUCGCUUGGAAUGCUAUGAUUGCAGCCUAUGUCUCUAAUGCUUGUUUCCAUGAGUCAUUCUCUUGUGUUAAAGAGAUGCAAGAAGUUUUCAAGUUGCGUCCAGAUGCGAUUACUAUGAUAAACUUGCUCCCAUCUUGUGCACAAAUGGGAGCGGUCUUGGUGGGUAAGUCUAUUCAUGCUAGUGCAAUCAGAAAAGGGAUUCUCCCUCAUCUAGUGUUGGAGACUGCUCUGGUUGACAUGUAUGGAAGGUGUGGGAAGUUGAAACUAGCUGAACAUGUCUUUGUGCAAAUUAAUGGAAAGAACUUGGCGUCAUGGAAUGCAAUGCUUGCUGCUUAUGUACAGAAUGGACAGUACACAGAAGCCUUGGAACUGUUCCAGAACAUUUGGUAUGAAUCUCUUCAACCUGAUGCAAUAACAAUUGCAAGUGUCUUACCAGCAUAUGCUGAUUUAACCUCCUUGAGUGAGGGUAGGCAAAUCCAUGCUUUUAUCAUAAAAUUGGGGCUUAAUUCUAAUACCAUCGUCUCAAAUUCAAUUACUUACUUGUAUGCCAAGUGUGGAGAUCUCCACACUGCAAGGAGAUGUUUUGAUGGCAUGUUAUUUAAAGAUGUUGUCUCAUGGAACACAAUCAUUAUGGCUUAUGCCAUUCAUGGGUUUGGGAGAAUUUCCAUUGCAUUGUUUCGUGAAAUGAUAGAAAAUGGCAUUGAGCCAAACAAGAGCACUUUUGUUUCCCUAUUAUCAUCUUGCAGCAUUUCUGGCUUGGUUGAUGAAGGGUGGGAAUACUUUAAUUCAAUGAAAAGAGACUAUGGUAUUGAUCCAGGAAUAGAGCACUUUGGUUGCAUGCUUGAUCUUAUUGGUCGAACAAAGAAUCUUGAUCUAGCUAAGAAUUUUAUUGAAGAAAUGCCAUUUGUCCCAACUGCAAGGAUAUGGGGUUCUUUACUAGCUGCAAGUAGAAAGACCAAUGACAUAGCAUUAGCAGAAGUUGCAGCCAAGCAUGCUUUAUCACUGGAGCAUGAUAACACAGGGUGUUACAUCUUGCUUUCCAAUAUGUAUGCUCAAGCUGGGAGGUGGGAAGAUGUAGAGCAUGUCAAAUGUCAUAUGAUGAGACAAGGCGUAGCAAAAACAACCGGAUGUAGCGAGGUUGAGUCAGACUAUAAAAUUCACAGGUUCAUUGAUCAAGACAGGUCAAAUGCUCAAAUGAACAUGAUUUACGAUGUGUUGGAUAGUAUCUUGAAAAUGACAGGGGAAGGGAAAGAUGAUUAUGCUCGUAGUAUUACUAAGCUGAGACCGAAAGAUUUGACGAGGAAAAGACCAAACUCACCUGAGAACCACAGUGUAAGAUUGGCAAUCUCUUUUGGAUUGAUCUCCACGGAGGUAGGGAGACCUGUUCUUGUCAGAAAAAACAUUAGAAUUUGCGAGGAUUGCCACAAUGUUGCAAAGAAGAUUUCAAAGUUUACCAAAAGAGAGAUAGUAGUAGGAGACUCCAAGCAAUAUCACCACUUUCAAGAUGGAUGUUGCUCUUGUAGAGAUUAUUGGUGAUAGCUGUUGCUCUCUAGCCCAUCUAGCUACAAAGAAAAAGUUGUACACAAACCUCCUCUACCUAUUGUUCAAGACCAACGACAAAUGAGCAGAUUAACCAGACAUUGUACAGAUCACUUGAAUAGCAAUAAGAUUUCCCAUUUUUCCUAUA